AUGUCAACAGGGGCUGUGUCAACAGGGAGGCGCAAAUCACCUCUCGAAGGAGUGUCUGACAGGUCUAGUCAAGACCGCACCACCAGCCCCAGUCCCUCCACUCGCUCAUCGAGCAAGCCACAGAUCAGACACAGAGCCUCCAUUGCGUGUGCCUCGUGCCGUGAGAGACGAAUUCGUUGUGUCGUGGCCGAGGGAGAGUCAGAGUGCACCCAGUGCAGGAAGACGGGCCACACAUGUAUCAUCAAGAACGAUGAUGAGCGAAGGAGGCCAAUAUCCAAAGCCUACAUGUCAUCACUAUCCAAUCGAAUUGCUCUCUUGGAGGAGAUGUUGAAGGAACAAGGAGUCACACCCCCUCCCGCUGUCCACCCUCCAAAGACAAGACAAGAUGCCAUCUCGAGGCAACAACAACAACAACAACAAGAGCAAGAAGAAGCUCGGAUGCGGGAAAGGUCGACCAGUUCUGAGCCCAAGCAUGGGAGUUCGGUCGAGAUCCAGGUUCCCACACCACCAGGCUCAGGCGAGGAGGACACCCUCAUGAGCGAGUCAGAACAGAGCAAGACCAUUGACUUGACGGACAUGACCUCAUCAUCAUCAUCAUCAUCACUGAUCGAUCCGCUAUUAUUGCAAGAGCUCGGGACGACGCCAGAUGCCGAUGUCCGGAGGUUGCUGUCAGCAAGGGGCAGCCACUCGUUCGAUCCAUCGGCUGGGAGGGUUCGAUUCUUUGGCCCCACCGCCAACAGCCAUGUCCAUGGAAAAUCGGCAUGCCUGUUUGACAAUGAGGGCCGUCCAGACCGGGCACGAAGGGCUGCCACCUUGAUCGAGACGCUGGGCUCGUCCACCAUUGACUACCUUACCAAGUGCUUCUGGGAGCAUUAUUUUUACUCUGGCUCCAUGGUCGUCGACAGGGCGGCAUUUGAAACGGGCAGACUGACACAGGACCCCAAGUUCUACUCCCCGUUCCUUCACCUCACCCUGUUGGCCAUUGGCUACCGGUUCGCUGACCGCACCCGGGAUGAUAUCAAGAAGCUCUCUGUCGGAAGCCGCGAGAGCACACUCCACCGGGAAGCGAAAGGCCUGUUGGAGGUUGAGAUUGAUCAAGGUGGCGGUGUCCCGAGCGUCCAGGGAAUGCUGUUGCUGGCUGACUUGGAGUUUGGUGUCGGCCGUGACAGCGCUGGAUGGAUGUAUCUGGGCAUUGCAAACCGUCUUGCCUUCGAUAUAGGUCUCCACGUCAACUACAGCGGGGUAGACAUCUCUGAGACGGAAAGGCGGCUGCGGCGUCAGGUUAUGGCGGGCUCCAUCGCGUUCGACCGUCAGUGGGCCUUGAUCCUUGGUCGUCCAACCUCGAUCAAGGCUCAAGACAUCAGCAUCGACCUCCUAUCCAAGGGUGCCUUCAACUCGACACAUGGCCAGAUGACCGCCGAGGCCAAAACAUAUGCGGCUGGCCAAGCUGCCCUCCAGCAGAAGCGCUUUGAGCUUAUGGAGCUGGCUGGCAAGGUAUCCGACCUGCAGAACACGACACAUGGCAUCUCAGAUUUGACUGCCAAAGCCGCCGAGGACAGAACCUAUCUCUACUUUCUGGCCUUGGAACGCCAGUUUCAGACGUGGUAUCGACAGCUUCCAGACUGCCUGGCCUGGAAGCCCAUCAACAUCAAGUCGGCCCCCAUCGGCUUCUUUCUGCUUCAUCAGCAAUUCCACACAUGCAUGAUCCUGCUUCACAGGCCCUGGGCCAAGUAUGGGCCAUUGGUUCCGGACAGCACUGCUGCUGCUUCCCGGUAUGCGGCGCCCGAGUCUUCGCUGCAGCUCCAGGCCUCUCUCGGCACCUUACCUCGUCAGGACAACCGGGCGUCUCUAUCUCGCAGCAUGUGCACUCAGCAUGCGGUCCGGGUUGCGAGGAUAUUUUGGCAGCAGCGCCAGCGCUUUGAUGGCACCAAGAUUGGUCUUGAGGCCAUCCAACAAGCCGGCACUGCUGCCCUCGCUCUGAUGGCUGCCUUGGCCCACAAGAGUGCCGAGCUGGACCAUCAGAGCAAUCUCAAAUACCUACAGGUUGUUUCUGCGGCUAUCUACGACAUGAGCCAUGCCUAUCAGCCAGCUUCAAGGAUGUACAGCCUCCUCAAGACCAUGUUGGCUGAUAUUCGGACUGAGAUGGUCAGCUCUGGCUCUUUGGAAGCCAGUGCCUUGCUCAACCGGUUCAACCAAGGGAACCCCACCACGAACAUGAUCUUUGGCAGCAACUCGUGGAAUCUCAGCAACGAGAGCUCUCGCUUCACCCCCGCGAGACGAACCCUCAGCAUGUGCGCCGGGCCCGAAGAGGGUCGUGAGGCCAAACGCCGGCGGUUUUCCACCCAGACAGCACCCGACGUGGUGUUCUCUACCAUGGCUGUGUUCGGGAGCAGCCCUCUUGGCGGUCCGGCAUCCCCUCAGCUGGCUCAUCCACAAGAGAACUCUGGUCAGGAGGAACUAGGAGAGCCUCUGCGGGAGAUUCCAGAUAUCACCCCAGAGUCAGACUUUGAUCUUGACUCGUUCCACGCCUCAUUUGUUGAAUUCAUCAACAACGGCAGCAAGGGGUGGGCUACGGCAACCCCCACAAUCACAACGGAGACGACACUUGAGGCGACCCCGCUCCCCACUCCCGCCUGCGAGGAGGCUCCCUCGACCAGCAAUACUGAUGCCGUCAUUGUGCAGGACGAACCGGCAGCUCAGCAGCCGGCGGAUGAUGCCAUGGCUGACAUGACGAUUGAAGAGUGGCUUGCCGAACCGGGAGUGAGCUCCGGGCUCGCCGCCAUGGAGGCCGAAGUCCGGCAGCACUGCGACUCGCGAUUCUCACCCGUCGCAGACGCACCCGUGCCCACUGCCGAAGGGGGCGAGGUGCCGCCGCCGCCGUUGCCCGAGAUGCAACAAAAUGACCUCACCAUGCCAGUCACGCUGGAACUUGGCACUGCGGACAAUGGAGGGAUUCACACCAUGGACUGGCUCGCCACCGCCCCGCCACCCCCCCGGCCCUCGAGGAGGAUCUCCAGGACGAGCAUCUCGAACACGAUUCGCCCUCCGCUCGCGCCUCCCGAGACGGAUUUGUUUGUCAACGCCUUGGCUAUUCCCGCGAGGCAGACGUCCCUUCCACCGCCGCCACUGCCGUCAUCUGCACCGCUUCCCAUGACGCCAGUGACGCUGGAUGAGUUGGUGCAGAGCGUGGAGGAGGCGGUGGACUCUGCGCGGGCGAGGGCGAGGGACAGGGAGAGGGAGAAGUCGGUUGCUGCUGCUGGUAAGGGGCAGGUGUCGAGCCCCGAGGCCGGGAGGAAUUUGUCGUUGGAUUAUUUCCAGUUGUGAAUGUGAUAAGACAUGAUGUAAUGACGAAGUAAUGUAGAUAGAAUACCUGGGUGGCUGCUCAAAGCAGUAAAAUAAUGAACAGAUGAUGUACUAUCAA